AUGGGCGUCACCCCGUUCCACCGAUCUAUCCUCGAGGUCCGGUUGCCGAAACACUUCGACAAACCAACGGACAUGAGGUACGACGGAACUCAAGACCCUCUAGAACACCUCACGGCCUUCGAGGCCAGAAUGAAUCUGGAGGGAGUGGGGGACGAGGUAAGAUGCCGUGCCUUCCCAGUAACCUUAGCAGGGCUGGCGAUCAGAUGGUUUAACGGCCUCCCGCAAGGAUCCAUCUACAGUUUCUCGGACAUCAGUCGUGCAUUCCUGGCCCAAUUUACAACACGGAUAGCGAAGGCCAAGCACCCUAUCAACCUUCUAGGGAUAACCCAGAGACAAGGAGAACCGACCAGGAGGUACCUAGAUCGGUUCAACGACGAAUGCUUGGAAAUCGAUGGCUUAACCGACUCGGUGGCCAGUCUUUGCCUGACAAACGGCCUCCUCAACGAGAACUUUCGAAAACACCUUACCACGAAACCGGUUUGGACAAUGCAUGAAAUCCAGACGGUGGCCAAGGAGUACAUAAACGACGAGGAAACCAGGGAAGAGGCGCUGAGUAAGGCACCGAGGACAUUCCCCCGAGUCGGAAAAUUCACUAACUACACUCCGCUCAAUCUCCCCAUCGUGGAAGUCUACCAACAAAUAGCCGAGAAAGGAAUCCUGCCGAAGCCCCGACCACUCAAAGACCGCACCGGAGGGAACAAGAACCUUUAUUGUGAUUACCACAAGGGUUACGGCCACCUAACGCAGGAUUGUUUCGACCUGAAGGAUGCAUUGGAACAAGCGAUAAGGGAAGGUAAACUGGCGGCCUUCUCCUACCUAAUCAGGGAGCCAAGGAGGCGCUACCGCGACCAAGACGAGGAAGGCAAAACCCGUUCGGCAAAAAGGCGACAAGAGCCAGAAGGUGGAGAACACGGCCUCACCGUGAUAAACGUAGUGACGGCCAAAAACGCCGCACCAAGAUCCAAAUCCGCACACAAGAAGGACGCCAAGAUAUUGUCGAUCUCCUCCUCGUCGACGCGAAACUCUAAGAAGCCUCCAUUCAUUUCUUUCGGCCCAGAAGACCAAUGGUUCAACGACGUCCCAGAAAACCCACCCAUGGUCAUAACGGCCAGAGUAGGGACCGGUCUCGUCAAGCGCAUCCUUGUUGCACAGGAGCAGAUUCAAACAUCAUGUUCCGCAACGUGUUCGACGCGCUGGGAUUAA